AUGUCUGAUCCUUCUAAAAAUGCCACCACCGAUGCAGCCGUCCAACCCUGGCAUGCGGCAUAUCCUGAUCCUAAAUCUACCGUUCCUUCCGUCUCAAGAGCGGAAGUUUUGAAUUGGUUGCGGGACGGUAGACAGUCUGGUAAAGACUUUGUACUUGUGGACGUGAGACGAACCGAUCAUGAGCUGGCAGCUGCGAGUGCCAGUGAGACUCCGGAAAACCCGAUAUAUUCCCGAGACUAUACACUGUGGCUUGUCUUUGGCUCAUGCGGAGGACGCGGACCUCGCGCAGCCGCGUGGUUUGCGGAUUACUUAGAGAGGCAAAAUGAUACCACCCUGCAAAGCCUAGUGCUUGAAGGCGGAAUCAAAGGGUGGGCUGCAUCCGGGACAGAAUACACCGAGUGGAUGGAUGAGUAUGAUGCCAGUGUUUGGGCAAAGAAUUAG